CAGACGGCCCUGGUGGGCGAUCGUGAGGCGCCGGAGGACGUUCCCCGCGGCCGGAGCCAUGGAGAUGCCGCUGCCGCCCGAUGACCAGGAACUCCGAAAUGUCAUCGACAAGCUGGCCCAGUUCGUGGCUCGGAACGGGCCCGAGUUUGAAAAGAUGACGAUGGAGAAGCAGAAGGACAACCCGAAAUUCUCGUUUCUGUUCGGAGGCGAGUUCUACAGUUACUACAAGUGCAAGUUGGCUCUAGAGCAGCAGCAGCUCAUCUGCAAGCAGCAGGCCCCAGAGCUGGAAGCGGCAACAGCCCUGCCACCGCUGCCACAGCCCCCACUGGCCCCCGCUGCGCCCAUCCCGCCAGCCCAGGGCACCCCAUCCAUGGACGAGCUCAUCCAGCAGAGCCAGUGGAACCUGCAGCAGCAGGAGCAGCACCUGCUGGCCCUCAGACAGGAGCAGGUGACAGCAGCCGUGGCCCACGCGGUGGAACAGCAGAUGCAGAAGCUCCUGGAGGAGACCCAGCUGGACAUGAAUGAGUUUGACAACCUGUUGCAGCCCAUCAUCGACACCUGCACCAAAGAUGCCAUCUCGGCUGGGAAGAACUGGAUGUUCAGCAACGCCAAGUCCCCACCGCACUGCGAGCUGAUGGCGGGCCACCUCCGGAACCGCAUCACGGCCGACGGGGCGCACUUCGAGCUGCGGCUGCACCUCAUCUACUUGAUCAAUGAUGUGCUGCACCACUGGGCCCUGACGCGCGGAAGGUCUCUCCCUCACAGCCAGCGCAAGCAGGCCCGGGAGCUGCUGGCCGCCCUGCAGAAGGUCGUGGUACCCAUCUACUGUACCAGCUUCUUGGCCGUGGAGGAGGACAAGCAGCAGAAGAUUGCCCGGCUCCUGCAGCUCUGGGAGAAGAACGGCUACUUUGACGACUCCAUCAUCCAGCAGUUACAGAGCCCGGCCCUGGGGCUCGGCCAGUACCAGGCAUUUGUCCCCGUGCUGCUCCAGAGGGUCUCGGACCUUGAGUCUCACAUCCUGAGUGCCGGCUGCCCUGCUCUCCACCAGGCAACCCUCAUCAAUGAGUACUCCUCGGUGGUCCAGCCGGUGCAGCUGGCCUUCCAGCAGCAGAUCCAGACCCUCAAGACACAGCACGAGGAGUUUGUCAACAGCCUGGCCCAGCAGCAGCAGCAGCAGCAGCAGCCGCCGCAGCCGCAGAUCCAGAUGCCGCAAAUGGAAGCUGAAGUCAAGGCCACGCCGCCGCCGCCUGCUCCGCCCCCCGCCCCCACGCCUGCCCCGGCCAUCCCGCCAACCACCCAGCCUGAUGACAACAAGCCACCCAUCCAGAUACCCGGCUCUUCCGAGUACGACGCCUCAGGAGGGGUCCAGGACCCUGCCGCCACCGGCCCCCGGGGCCCUGGGCCCCAUGACCAGAUCCCACCUAACAAGCCCCCGUGGUUUGACCAGCCUCACCCCGUUGCUCCUUGGGGACAACAGCAGCCUCCCGAGCAGCCCCCCUACCCACACCACCAGGGUGGGCCGCCCCACUGCCCGCCCUGGAACAACAGCCACGAGGGAAUGUGGGGCGAGCAGCGUGGGGACCCCGGCUGGAAUGGCCAGCGCGACGCCCCCUGGAACAGCCAGCCCGACCCCAACUGGAACAACCAGUUCGAGGGCCCGUGGAACAGCCAGCACGAGCAGCCGCCCUGGGGCGGAGGCCAGCGCGAGCCGCCCUUCCGCAUGCAGCGGCCGCCACACUUCCGCGGGCCCUUCCCACCCCACCAGCAGCACCCGCAGUUCAGCCAGCCGCCACACCCACACAACUUCAACCGCUUCCCGCCCCGCUUCAUGCAGGACGACUUCCCGCCUCGGCACCCCUUCGAGCGGCCACCCUACCCUCACCGCUUUGACUACCCUCAGGGGGACUUCCAAGCUGAGAUGGGACCCCCUCACCACCAUCCCGGCCACCGCAUGCCUCACCCUGGGAUCAACGAGCACCCGCCUUGGGGUGGGCCCCAGCACCCUGACUUCGGCCCUCCUCCCCACGGCUUCAACGGGCAGCCCCCUCAUAUGCGGCGACAGGGCCCUCCCCACAUCAACCACGACGACCCCAGCCUGGUCCCCAAUGUGCCCUACUUUGAUCUCCCUGCCGGGCUGAUGGCCCCCCUCGUGAAGCUGGAAGACCACGAGUACAAGCCUUUGGAUCCUAAAGACAUCCGCCUCCCACCCCCCAUGCCACCCAGUGAGAGGCUGCUGGCGGCCGUGGAGGCCUUUUACAGCCCUCCCUCACACGACAGACCCAGGAACAGUGAAGGCUGGGAGCAGAACGGCCUCUAUGAGUUCUUCCGAGCAAAAAUGCGGGCCCGGCGGAGGAAAGGCCAGGAGAAGAGGAACAGCGGACCCUCGAGGUCUCGGAGCAGAUCCAAAAGCCGAGGGCGCUCCUCCUCCCGCUCCAACUCGAGGUCCUCCAAGUCUUCCGGCUCAUACUCAAGGUCAAGGUCUCGUUCGUGCUCCCGCUCCUACUCCCGCUCCAGAUCCAGGAGCCGCAGCCGAUCACGCUCCUCACAGAGCCGCUCCCGGACCCGCUCUCGCUCUCGGUCCAAGUCCUACUCCCCGGGAAGGAGACGUCGGUCGCGGUCCAGGAGCCCCACCCCGCCUUCCUCGGCUGGUCUGGGUUCUAAUUCAGCACCUCCUAUACCUGACUCCAGGCUCGGGGAAGAGAACAAAGGACAUCAGAUGCUGGUGAAAAUGGGCUGGAGCGGAUCUGGCGGCCUCGGCGUGAAAGAGCAAGGAAUCCAGGACCCCAUCAAGGGGGGGGACGUCCGGGAUAAGUGGGACCAGUACAAGGGCGUGGGCGUGGCCCUGGACGACCCCUACGAGAACUACCGCAGGAACAAGAGCUAUUCCUUCAUCGCCCGCAUGAAGGCCAGGGACGAGUGCAAGUAGGCGCGGCGCGGGCAGGGAGCCACGCCAGUGGCCGGCCACCGGCAGCGAGGGCUGUUGGACCCUUCUUGGCUUACUGGCAGUGGAAGGUGGUAGGGACAGCUCGGUUCUCACACGGUCUCCAUCUGUGGGGAGCGACAGAAGAGAAGGAAGACUUCAGCAGGCCUUGUGACGAGUGCCACGCUUGAUGGCGCGGAAGGCCCAGGCCCCACCUGCAAACCAGCUCUAACGUAGCAGCAAGAGUCACGAGGAGAUGCCCAGCCAACUCGACAAUGAGCUUAUUUCCCUGGACAGUGAAGCGAGAAACGUAAGACCCUUGGAUAAGAAUUCUUGUCAUCUGAAGGAACGGCUGGCUGUCUCCCAUCUCCCCUCAGCCUGAGCCGCUACAACCAGUGGGAGUGCGUGGAGGAGGGGCCCUGAGGGCACACGCCAGCCCAGCCCAAGGGGCCGGCCCUCCCACUCUCCCAUCGGUUGUGUUGUGAGAAGGCUCAGGCCAGGCGCUGGUACUGCUCACUCUUUAAAAAUGGAAAAACAAAACCUUUUUGAUUUGCAAAGUUAAACAGGGUUUUCAUUUUUACUCCAAAUGGUUUAGUUUUAGAAAAAAGAAUACUGAUCUAGGUUGAUACCCAGUGAGAUAAUUUGAAACCUGAUUCCUCUGAGACAUACUAGCCCUUAGUUAUUUAAGCUGUUUAAGUUGAGGUGUUUUUUUGUUUGUUUGUUUUUUUGUUUUUGUUUUUUUUUUUUUUGAACGUUAGCCAUUUGCUGUUCCCUGCAGAAACAAAAGGUUCUGAGGAAACUUAUCUGAGGCAUCUCCAGGUCACGUAAUGAUGACGCCCUUGGAGAAUCUGUACCCUUAGUGUCUCUAGUGUUUUUCACGGAGAGGAACCCGCACACCAGCACUCACGUGCAACGGCCCAUUCACAUCCAGAGUGUGGAGAGCGACCACCGGCCCUGCUUCCUGCUCUGUCACUUCCUUUGCCUGCCCCAAGCCGCCCCCAAAGGGAGGUGAGGCUGGAGGGAGCCGCCUCUGCCGGGAGCUGCGGAGCGACCGCCUGGGAUCGGCUGCACUCGGCAUCCGCGGGCAGCUUGGUGCGGUGCCAUUUAUUUGUACAGAAACAUUUUUGAAAAAUUCUUUUCAAUAAGAUGCAAAAUUUUCUCCAACUUUUCCACCUGAUGUGAUAAAAUAUUUGAUUUUGUUCUAGAUUUCCUGUAGCUGUGAAUUGUUCAAACAUGUCUGAUUCAGGAUAAAAUGUAAACGUGUUGUUAACAAUUUCUUGUGGAUUUUACUGUUUUGCCUUCAAAUAAAGACUUUUUUUUUAAAGA